UGGAAGUGGGAAAAGUGGACAACUGGGAGGCAACAAUACCUAUCAUUCUUGGUGCGAUAAUCAAAAAAAAUGUCCAGAUUCAUUAGAGCGGUGUCGGCAGGAAGGCUGUUCAUGGCUUUAAGGAAGAUUUUAGUGCGACGUUCACGUAUAAAUGUUUGACAGACUACUUGAAAGUCAAAUAUAAUUUGCACAGUGAGAAACCACAAAAAUUGAAUAUUGCUUCUAAAGUCGGAAAAUUCCUAUGGGGUGCUGAUGAUCGUGAAGGUGGAGCUUCUGAAAGAAAAAAACAGGCUUUGCUUUGAACCAUGGCUCCGAACCAAGACUGAAAUUCACAUCCUUUUAGAAGUAUGGGACUCGUAUUAGCUGGUGGAGGGCUCUUUCUUGAGAUUAGAUUAAUGUAAAAACAUCUAUUGAUCAGUUCAAAUAUUGAAAAAUUUUAUCCACAUGAGAGAAAAACCCUGUGUUUGCAGGAAAAACCGGGACAGUGGAAUAUAUUUUGUUUCUUUUCCAGAAUAAUUAAAAUGACAGUUGUGGAAUAAUUUUCAAUGCACGGUUUCAAGUCAGGGAUAGGAAAAAGGGAAAUUGACGAAUGUUCGCCAUACUUAUAGAAUGAAAAGUGAAUUGCUGACUUCCGUUUCCGGACUGCGAGGUUACAGUAGUGGAAUAGGCAAGGGGUAUUAUUGUUUCGCUUUCAAGUAAGAUCGGUGGAGUUUUUGAGAGGGUCGAAGGGUUAGGGAGAGGGGUGAGUAGCAGAGGAAAAUUAGUGGGAGUGAGUGAAAGGGUGUGUGAAAGUGGUUGAAAGUUGGAAAGAGUGUGGGAAAUAAGAUCAGGUGUUUGAGGUUAGUUUUUGAGGAGAUUGAAAAGUAGGUGGAAGCUUGUGUGAGAGUGGGUUUGGGGGUGUGUGAAAGAGAGAAAAGUGUGAAGGGGUGAGAGAGGAGAGGAAGAGAGUGUAUGAGCGGGGCAAAUAGAUAGAAAGGGUUAGUUGAGUUUUGCGCGGUAAGCGGGGCGGCGGGGGAGAGAGGUAUUGGUGGGAAAAAGGUGCGAGGGCACAGAGGCGACAAUAGGAGGAGGUGGCUGAAAGGUGAAACAGGGAGAGAGAUGAGCCACUUAUAUAGGACGAUGAUAUCGACGAAGGAAAUGGACACCGGAAAGAGGGGAAUGGAGGCGGAAAGAGUCAGAAGGAAAGCGAUCGGAAUGGGACGGAGAUGCUCGAGCUCAACGAAGAGCGGGGAGCGCUGGAAUGCAACGAGUCGGUGUAUGUGUCGCCAGUGGAGUUUGCGGACGGAUCGGACGGGUGGAUGAGUGGGGGAGAGGGAGCUCAGGCGAAGAGAAGAGGUAGGAGGACGAAUGCUGAGCGGUGGAAAAGAGCGACGGCAGGGGGGAGAAAUGCGUCACCGCUUUGGAAGGCUUGGCAGAAGAAGAGAGAGGAGGAAAGAGAGAGCGAGGCAGAGCAUAACGUAAGUGAGAGCGGCAAACGAGGAAAACAAGAUGACGAGGAGGGUGAAGAGAAUGGGAAAAGGAGGAAAGAGGACAGAGAGAGAGAGCAGAUAGAGAGAGACUGAAGAGAAUAGAGGAGAUGUUACUGAGUUUCAGGGAAGAUACUGUCAGGGCAUUGAAGAAGGCGAAUGAAGAGGGAGAGGGAAUUAGAGGAGAGAUAAGGGUAAUGAAUGAGAAAUGGGAGAAGUGGGAGAAUGAAUGGGAGGAGGAAAAAAGGCGAAUGCAAGAAGGGAUAAUGGAUAUAGGAGAGACAGUCAUAGAAAUGAGGAAGGAGCAAAAGACCGAUAUAGCCCAAGCGAAUGUCAGACUCACACGGUUGGAGGAAAAGUUGAGUAGGAUGGAUGAACUGGAGGAGUUGGUAAAGGGAUUGAGGUUGGGGGGAGAAGAGAGUAGCGGGAGGGCAGUGAGCGCAGGGGAGGCAAGUAAAGAAAACGAGCAGUUGAAGAGAAGAGUGUGGGAACUGGAGUGGAAAAAGGAAAAGAAAGUAAGGGAGAGAAGAAAGUGGAACUUGAUUGUCAGGAAAUUUCAGGUAGGGAAGAGGGAUGGACGAGAGGAAGUGGAAAAAUUAUUCACAGAGGUGAUGCAAGCGCAGGGAGUCCUUGUCAAAGGGGUUAAGAAAUUCGGGGGGGGGGUGGACAAAAAGGAGAGAGGAUCAGUUGUGGUGGAGCUGGAGAACAAGGAGCAAAAAAGAUGGAUCAUGGGAAGUAGGGCAAGUCUGAAAGGGAGACAGGAGGUAUUAGACCAUGAUAGAACUCGAAAGGAGAGAAAAAUGUUGUGGAAUCUGGAGAAGGUAGAGAUGGUGGAAAGAGCGAGGAACAGUGGAGUAGCUAUUAGGCGGGGGAUGAUAUGGGUCAACGGAGUGCGAUGGCGGUACGACGAGGCAACAGAGAAGUUAUAUAAUGUAAAGGAAGAAGAGUGGAGAAUGCCAGAGCUGAGAGAGCAGGGCAAGAAAGGAAAUAUGGAAGCGGAGGCUAUAGAGGUGCAAGAAGGGACCGAGAAAGCAAAAGAAGGAGAACAGGCGCUGGGGGAACAGUAAGGAGGGUGGCUAGUAAGGGGAGUAAGAGAGCAAAAGUUAAAGUUACAUUCUGGUACGUGAGGGGGCUGGAGGGAAAGGAUAAGGAUUUCUGGAGGAGGCUUCAGGAAAACGAUGUCGUGGUUCUAAUGGAAACAUGGCUGGAAGAGAGAGGUUGGGAAAGAGUUAGAAGGGAACUAUCGAAGGAUUUCAAGUGGAAGGUGCAGCUGGCGACGAGAGAACACAAUAAAGGGAGAGCGAAGCGAGGUAUGCUGAUGGGGAUAAAGG